GGUGAUAAGGUUUUCAGGUUUCAUAACCUGGUUAGCAAAACGCGGGCCUAAUUGAUAACUCGUAUUUAUUUCGGUAUAUUUGUUGUUGUUGUUGUUUUGCGCCUCAUCCGAAUCACCCCUGGAGCGUUGACUCACACGUGCCGACAAGAGGACGUAGAUAGGGCUUCGACGCACGGCGAUGACAGCUGCAGUCACGUUUAUGUCACCACUCAUCUUGAUCUGCUUUUGUCGCUUUCUUCUUUUUUUUUUGCAAGCACACGAGCCCGUUAGGCGGCGCUGAAAACGCCAGUGGAAGCACAGGUGCUAUGGCUCAGUACAUAUUUAACGUUUUAAUUUUUCUCGCGUGAUGUAUUUUGAUUCAUUUUGUACUCUUCGUCUUCGUUCUUUUCUUUUUCUUUCGGCACUGUUGUUGUCGCGUCGUGAGAAAGUAGAUCCCGAGGUUCAGACUUCCUCUGUCCCUAGGCAGGCGACGACCUCUAUUGCAGAACCAGAGGCCGUGCAACACACCACGUGACGUCCAUGGGUAGAGCGUGUCGUAUCGUCAACGAGCCUCCUCCCACAGGCUGUAGUGACACCGCACUGUUGGCCGCAGCACUACUGCUUACGCUGCUUUCAGAUUACACUCCGCUUGAAGAGGACUCGGAAGAAUCUGACGAAGAACGCGGGGGAAACCACAGUCAAAAUGGUAAUGAUGGUCGGAAGACUGGGGUGCCUGGUCGCCCACAACCACCAGCGACGCGCGCACCGAUUGCGUCAAUUGAGGAAAUCGACUGCUUCGACAACGACAUCGAACAGCCAUCAGGCGACGAAUCACCAGGCAAACCAGCAUCGCAGCGGCACCUGUUGCGGCGUCAGCGGCCGCAGCAACGGGGACAACCGCACCGUUCCUCCGAACAACAUGCCCCGUCUGGAACCGGGCCAACAGCACCAGGCGGCAAGGAGAAACGCCGCAGCUGUGCAACGACGCAGAGGCUAGAACUCCUCUAGUGGCGCCCGCUUAUAGCGACCCGAAAAAAGGAGAGAAUAAAUUUUGUUGUAAUUGAA